AUGUACGCACAACAGCAGCUGGCCUACGCGCCGACGCCCUACAGCUACACGCCAUCCAGCAAUCUCACGGCGACCAUCAAUCUCGAUGAAGAAGUCAAACUCGCCGACACUGCCGCAGAAAGGGAUAUCUACGAGUCUCUCGCCGAAAUAUACAGCAUCGUCAUCACCCUUGACGCCUUGGAGAAGGCGUACUUGAGGGACAGUAUCAAAGAGUCGGAGUAUACGGAGACAUGCGACCGGCUUCUUCGACAGUACAAGAGCAACCUCGCCGACGAGAGUGUUCUGGCGGCUUUUGGUGAUUUGGAACGAUUCAAAGCCGAGUGGGACCUGGAAGUGCCCAAGGCCACGGAGCGUUUGAAGAUUGGCCUCCCCGCGACCGUCGAGACUGUUCCUACUCGUACUGCAUCGCAGCAUCGAACGUCAAACUCCCACACGCCCAGCAAUGCCCCGAGCGCAGCGAAUGCGACAGCCAUUGUGUCGGCAUCGGAGAACUUCAUCACCUUGUUUGACGCCGUUCGCAUGAACAUCUUGUCCAAGGACACCUUACAUCCCAUCCUGGUCGAUACGAUACAAGCAGUCAAUAAGGUUACCGAUCGUGACUUUGAGAACAAGGGCAAGAUUGUGCACUGGCUCAUCACUCUGAACCAAAUGCGCGCCGCCGAAGAGUUGAGCCCGGAGCAGGCGCGGGAGUUGCAAUUCGACCUCAACGCUGCGUACGAAGGAUUCAAAGCCACGCUCGAGUGA